CGAAUUUGCCCGGCUGAAAUUUUUACACACUCCAUACCCACGGUCUAUAUUAGUCUCUCGGACUCCAUCAAUCCUGCCAGCAAUCCCCGUUCUCUUUUCUCAUUUGUCAGUCCUGCCAGUUUUUGCCAGUUUUGCCAGUUUUGCCUGUUUCUCCCACCCUGAAACCCAGGCCUUCCUAGCCAGUCCUGUCCCUGCCAAUCCCUCCCACACUAACACUUGCUGCGCGCGCGCCUUGACUCUUAACUCCUUGGUGUAACUUCUCGAAUCGAACAAAAUUUCGCACAUCGAACAUUGACUCAAAUUUUCCGUCUUCUUUGUUUAAAUUGAUUCCUUUUUCUUCUUCCCAUCGUUGUCCCUAGCCCUCACUGGAUAUAUGGACCUCGAGUGUCUGUGACCCCCCCCCCAAUCCCCCUAACUCACUCCCAAGCUGCUCCACCCAUAGCUUGUUCCGGAGCUGCCCAAAAAUUUUUCUUUUUCCACACCCUGUACAUUCCUUUCCCUCCGAGCCGACCGUUCUGUUGAUCCAUAGGACACACACUCAAAUUUACACCCAUUUUAGAACCAUAACUAUUCACUCACACAUUGGCAUUUCGUUUUGAAACAUGCCCACACAAACUCAGUUGAGCCAGUCUCUGAACCCGAACCCGAGCCCGAGCCCGUGUUCGAACCCGCUGGCGGCUGUAGACCUGUCCGUCCCAAUGUUAGCGGUGAAAACUUCGAAAGCAUGGGUUCUUCCUCCAAGACCAAAACCUGGGAGGAAACCAACCACUCUGUGCAAAGAAAAGAAACGAAGAGCGAAAUCGAUAGCGACAGAGACAUCUGCUAGACCCGGUGGUAGUACCAGCCCAGCUAACUUAGGCUCAUCUCCAGGACCUAGUCCAGGAGUUUACUCUGGUCCAGCCAGCACCAAUAAAGUCAAUGCUAACACCACCCAGGCUGCAAUUGGCGGGUCCCUCGCCACCAAUGGUUCUGCCAUUGGGUUGCCAGUCUCCUCCUCCUCCUCCACCACCCCAUCUGCUUCUACGCUUCUGCGCCAUAUCACCACCAUUGAAGCUGAAAAUUCAUCGCUUAAAACUCAUCUCCUUUCUCUUAUCCAAGAGUACACCCAUCUUCGGUCUGUCGUGCUUACAGACACUUCUAUGGCCGGGAACUCCGACCAUGGCAACCUUCUUCACCAGCUGGCUGCAUCCACUCGUAAACGGUCCUUCACAGACUUCCUUGCCCUGGACCCAAUGAAUGAGCUCAUUGAUAACAUGAGCGAUUUGUCCCACAGCACUCCUGGUGCCACUUCAGGCCAUCCAUACCUCUACAGCACCGAUUCAGAAGAACUCAAAUCUCCAGAAGAUAUCGAUGAAGAUGAAGAAUUGUUCAACUUUAUUAACCUUGAAGAUACAAGCGGUGAAUUACAAGAACAACCUGCCAAUGCACACGGUUUACGUAGCGAUGACGAUAUAGACUUUGACAUGGACUCUCCAGCCCUUUCUAGAACAACGUCUCCUUCAGAGACAGACUGCGAGAACUCGCUCAUGACAUCAUUGACCCGCUCCACCACAGUGCUGACCAAUAACUCUUCCUUUAUGUUACAUGACCACCAUCACAGCCACAAUCUCCACCACCCACACCAGAAGAAACUGUAUGGUGGCCAGAUGUUCAAAGACCAACCAUACAACUUCUAUUCACUCCCACAAUUCGACUCCGUAGACGACCAGUAUGGCUUCACGUUCGACCACAAGCUCAGUGCCCAAGAGAAAUACACGCUGAUGCUCAAAGAAGACCAAUACAACCUGGUGACAGACUUUCUUGAAGAAAGGCUUAUAGCCAACGAUAUGAAUUAUUACGUACAAAACAGACAUGACCUUUAGACAGGAUUGACUUUAUUUAACUAUUUAUUAACGAUUUAUGAUAACUUUAGAUUAA